AGGGAUGGGCGGCGCGGUGCCGGUAGCGGUGCCGGUAGCGCGGGCACUGCCGGUGUUGCUGCUGGCGGCCGGGCUGUGCGCGGCGCAGUACGAGCAGUACAGCGUGCGCGGCUUCCCCGCGGCCGCGCUGGAGCCGCUGCAGAGCGCCUACGAGCGGGCGCUGGAGCAGUACGCGGACGCGCAGUGGGCGGAGAGCGCUCGGGGGCUGGAGGCCAGCCUGCGGCUGCACCGGCUGCUGCGGGACAGCGAGGCGCAUUGCCACCGCCGCUGCGCCGGGGAGCCCCCUCCUGCCGGGGAGGGCCCGGCCGGGGAGCGGGAGUGGGAGCGGGAGCUGCGGCUCUUCGGGCGGCUGCUGCUCCGGGCCGGCUGCCUGCGCGCCUGCAAGCGGGAGCUGCCCGUGUUCCAGCUGCGCUACCCGCCGGCGCAGACCCUGCGCGACUUCCAGCGCCGCCAGCCCUACCAGUACCUGCACUACGCGCUCUUCAAGUCAAACAAGAUCGAGAAGGCCGUGUCUGCUGCCCACACCUUCCUGCAGAAGAACCCCAAGCAUGAGAUGACCUUGAGGUACCUGAACUACUACAGGACCAUGCUGGAUGUGGAUGAAUACCUGGUGGACCUGGAAGCUCAGCCCUAUGAGCCGAUAUUCGUGCGGGCAGUGAAGCUGUACAACAGUGGGGAUUUCAGGAGCAGUGCAGCCGACAUGGAGCAGGCUCUGGCCGAGUACUACAAGGCCUACGAGGAUUGUCUGGCCGGCUGUGAGGGCGCCUACGAGCUCCAGGAGUUCAAGGAUUUCUACCCUGCCAUCGCAGACCACUUUGUGAGCGUGCUGCAGUGCAAGGUGGACUGCGAGACCGAGCUCACCCCCAACGUGGGCGGCUACUUCGUGGAGAAAUUCGUGGCCACCAUGUACCACUACCUGCAAUUCGCUUACUACAAGCUGAACGACGUGCAGGACGCGGUGCGCAGCGUCUCCAGCUACAUGCUCUUCGACCCGGGGGACACGGUGAUGCAGCAGAACCUGGUCUACUACCGCUUCCACCGCGAGCGCUGGCGCCUGCGCGAGGAAGACUUCGAGCCACGGCCGGAAGCCGUGAGGUACCACAACCAGACGGCGGCUCAGAAGAAGAUGCUGGAGUUCGCCCGGCAGUACCUGCAGGAUGAUGAUGAUGAGAUGGAGGUGGAUGGUGCUGAGGGGCCCGAGGUGCUGGAGCUGCCCUCUGAUGGCGAGUUCGAGGGUGAAGGUGACUACGAGGAGGGAUUCUUCUCAGAGUGGUGGCAGGAGCCCAAGACCAAAGGAGACAAAGAUGACCAAGAGAUCCUAUGAUGAGCCAGGUCAAGGGGGAGCCAGCACCAGCUGAGCUGGAGGGUGGUGGCUCUGCGAUGC